UUAAUGAGUUCAUCCUAACCGCAACCGCGAUGAUUGAAUGAAACGUUGUCGUGAAUGCUUAGUCGUAGUCGUGUGCUUAAUUUCGGAUCGAUGUUCUUUCGAAUCUUUUAUUUUACCAUUGAAUCGCGAUUGAUUUUUCUUAUCGUAUAGAUAUUGUGCAUUCAAUUUAAAAAAAAACGUGAAAAUAUUACUCUGACAGAAUGGUGCUGGUAGUAAACGGAGUCCUGCAAGAGGACAUACCAGUGGAUAGCAGAUCGUUAUAUGCAGCUCACCCGGUAUAUCGUGAAACUGCUGCGCAACUUCAUUCGAUGCCAGCAAAAUUGGUGGGUCCAAUGGGUCUUCUUUACGUACGUCAACGGGAAAUGGGUGCUACUUUGCCACACGAUAAAAAUGUGAGCAUUAUUGGCUCGGAUGAUAUGACCACUUGUAUCAUUGUUGUUGUAAGGCAUUCCGGAUCCGGUGCUGCUGCAUUGGCGCAUCUUGACGGAGCUGGUACAGAAGAUGCAGCAGCAACGAUGAUUCAAAGGGUAACGGAACUUGCCAUUGGAUUUCCAGAGGGUCGUCUAGAACUACAACUGGUCGGUGGCUAUUCCGAUCCCAGGAAUUAUUCUGAAGAAUUGUUCUCCAAUAUUCUUUCUGCAUUUCACAAACAACCGGUAGAGAUUGAUCUAACGUUGUGUUGCGUGGGCGAAUUGAACACUACGGUAAGAGGUGGAACUCAUUGGCCGGUAAUAUACGGUAUCGGUUUGAAUGUAAAAACGGGUGAGAUUUUUCCUGCCACCUUCCCCGAUAAAGGCCCUGAUCAGGCCCUAAGAUGUGCUAGGCAUUUAACCGGAGGUCAACAGGUUUUAGAUAUUUACGACUGUACCCUUGGUUUACUCAGAAUCGGACCGUUCAACUACGAUCCUUUAAGAGGAGUCGAUCUUUGGUUAGCUCAAUCCGAUCAAUUUAUUCUGCAACAUCUUUCAACCGCACCAGAAGUGGAACUUCCACAUUUUGUAUCACAGGUACGAGCAACGCUCAAGUAUAUACAGGAUAAUCAAUUUCCGGCAGUCACCGUCUUCCGUGACAAUAGACCUCAUUAUUAUCGUCGAGAUGAAACCACCGGUGUUUGGCAACCCAUACGAUAUUGAUAAUGACUGCCGUUAUACUCGAAGGCUUGUAUUAAAGUUGACGGAAUUUUCCUAAUUCUUCUCUAAAAUUCAUAAAAUAAAUAAAAUGAAAUAAAAUAAAAUAAAA